AAAAUAGGUUCAACUUUAAUCCAAGAGAAAAAGGGAGGGAAGUUGCAUUGCCAAAAAGAAGGGGCCCUGAUUGAAUUUAAUUGAACAUUGGAGGUCACUUGACAAAUUGAGCAAUCACACUUUGACGCCCUAGGUAGCAAUUUUGUGUGUUUCCUCGAAACCCCCAUCUCUCUCUCUCCCUCUCCCUCUCUCUCUCUCCUUCUCCCUCUUCCUCUCCCUCUCUCUGCUUCGUCUUCGAUCUCUCUCUGUUCCUCACCGGUCGCAAUACAGUGGCUCUUUUAAUGUCCACGAUUUUGCUCAAGUUCACCGUGUGUAAAUAGCACUAAUUUUCCUGCUUCCGUAGCUUUGUGUAUCGGUUUCAUUUCCUCGGAUUAGGUUUUUGUGCAAUCUCUGUGAUGAACACAAGAGGCAGGUACCCUCCGGGGAUCGGCGGCGGCGGCCGCGGUGGAGGCAUGAAUUAUAACCCUAAUUUUCAAGCGAGAGGUCAUCAGCAGCAGUACGUGCAGAGGAGUAUGCUGCAGAACCAUCAUCAUCAUCAUCAUCAGCAGCAGCAGCAGCAGCAGCAGCAGCAGCAGCAGCAGCAUCAGUAUCAGCAACAGUGGCUGAGGAGGAACCAGGUUGGGGCAGAGUCCAGUGUUGACGAGGUUGAGAAGACGGUGCAGUCCGUGGCCGUUGACUCGAGUUCACAAGAUUGGAAGGCACGGUUAAAGAUACCACCACCUGAUACACGCUACAAGACAGAGGAUGUGACAGCAACUAAGGGAAAUGAAUUUGAAGACUAUUUUCUAAAACGAGAGUUGCUUAUGGGAAUAUAUGAGAAAGGUUUCGAAAGGCCAUCACCAAUUCAAGAAGAAAGUAUCCCAAUUGCUCUAACUGGUAGUGACAUUCUUGCUAGAGCUAAAAAUGGAACUGGGAAAACUGCUGCUUUCUGCAUUCCCGCCUUGGAAAAAAUUGAUCAAGAUAACAAUAUCAUUCAAGUUGUUAUACUUGUUCCAACGCGUGAGUUGGCUCUUCAAACUUCACAAGUUUGCAAGGAGCUCGGCAAACAUCUUAAUAUUCAAGUCAUGGUUACUACGGGUGGAACCAGCUUAAAGGACGAUAUCAUGCGUUUAUAUCAACCUGUUCAUUUGCUUGUUGGAACUCCUGGAAGAAUAUUGGAUCUUGCUAAGAAGGGUGUCUGCAUUUUGAAGGACUGUUCAAUGCUUGUUAUGGAUGAGGCUGAUAAGCUUCUGUCUCCAGAAUUUCAACCUUCAGUGGAGCAACUAAUCCGUUUUCUACCAGACAGUCGUCAAAUUUUGAUGUUUUCAGCUACAUUCCCUGUUACUGUUAAGGAUUUUAAGGAUAGAUAUCUACAUAAGCCUUAUGUGAUCAACCUUAUGGAUGAGCUGACUUUGAAGGGUAUUACUCAAUAUUAUGCAUUUGUAGAAGAAAGACAGAAAGUCCACUGCCUGAACACACUCUUUUCUAAGCUUCAAAUUAACCAAUCGAUCAUUUUCUGCAACUCGGUGAAUCGAGUAGAACUGUUGGCAAAGAAAAUUACAGAGCUUGGUUAUUCUUGCUUUUAUAUCCAUGCAAAGAUGCUGCAAGACCAUCGUAACAGGGUAUUUCAUGACUUCCGUAAUGGUGCAUGCAGGAACCUUGUUUGUACAGAUCUGUUUACGAGGGGGAUAGACAUUCAAGCAGUCAACGUUGUUAUUAACUUUGAUUUUCCUAAGAACUCAGAGACAUAUUUGCAUAGGGUUGGCCGAUCAGGAAGGUUUGGACACCUUGGAUUAGCUGUGAAUUUAAUCACUUAUGAGGACCGCUUCAACUUGUAUAGGAUUGAGCAAGAAUUAGGGACUGAAAUAAAGCAGAUUCCUCCACAUAUUGAUCAGGCCAUUUACUGCCGAUGAUAUGUGAAGAUAUCAUGGUCUAUGCUCAAAAUGGUUAUUAAAAAAAUGGGACGACAAAAGUUGAGGUGUGACGUGUCUGCGUGUGCAUCUUGGUUGCAUUCUCAAAAUAGGUUAUUACUCUUGGAAGCCGUUGGUUGAUGGUGACUUAAUUUUCGUUGUAAUGCUUUUAACAAUUCUGAAUAUUUCAUCACCCUUAACAGGAGCCGUUUUGAGUUCCAUGAUGGUUUAAAAAUCCCAGAAGAAUGAUGUUGGCUUCCCUCCUGAUUUCAUUAAUGGAGUGCUUCGGUAGUAUUUUGCUUUGGAA